CUGAUUAGCCCUCGACAUGCAACCUCCAGCGAAUAAGCCCGCACCCGCCAUCCCAUACUUUACCCCUGCGCAGGUUCCUGCGGCAGGCACAGCAUUCGACCCCCAGCCCGAUGGAACUCCUUUACCAAAACUAUUCCAGCCCAUCAAGAUUAGAGGGACAACAUUCCACAAUCGUAUCUUCCUAUCUCCACUGUGUCAAUAUUCUGCAGAUGACGGUCAUCUCACGUCUUGGCAUAUGGCGCACCUGGGUGGCAUCUUCACACGGGGCCCUGGUCUCUCAAUAAUCGAAGCCACAGCAAUCCUCCCAGAGGGUCGCAUCACCCCUGAAGAUUCAGGCCUCUGGAAAGACAGCCAAAUCGAGCCCCUCCGCAAGAUAAAGGUUGCCAUUCAGCUUGCCCAUGCGGGCCGAAAAGCAUCCACCGUUGCACCAUGGUUACGUGGUGGUGGUCUUGCAGCAACUGAGAACGUGGGUGGAUGGCCAGAAAAUGUAUGGUCGCCUUCCACGGUUCCAUACAAUGACACCUUCCCGGUGCCUAAGGAGCUAUCGAAGGCGCAGAUUCAGGCCGUCGUCGUCGCAUUUGUGGAAUCUACGAAGAGAGCAUUGAAAGCUGGCAUUGACAUCAUUGAGAUUCACAACGCACAUGGUUAUCUGCUUUUCUCUUUCUUGAGUCCUGUCAGCAACAAGCGCACGGAUGAAUACGGCGGGAGCUUCGAGAACCGCAUCCGUCUAACUCUCGAGGUCGUAGAUGCUAUCCGUGAAGUCAUCCCUGAAGACAUGCCACUCUUCCUGAGGGUUUCUGCGACCGAAUGGCUCGAAGAAGCCCUUCCAAAUGAACCGUCCUGGCGUGUCGAAGAUACCGUCAAACUCGCUGGUAUUCUUGCUGAGCAUGGCGUUGACUUCCUCGAUGUCUCCAGCGGUGGUAGUCACCCGAAAGCCAUCACGAAAUCUGGUCCGGCAUACCAAGCACCGUUCGCACAAGCUGUCAAGCAAGCUGUUGGGGACAAGCUUGUCGUUGGGUCUGUCGGCGCAAUCACCGAUGGCAAGAUCGCCCAAGAAGUGCUUGACAAAGGUCAAGCUGAUGUUGUCCUUGUUGGACGACAGUUCCAAAAGAACCCAGCAACUGUUUGGGCAUUCGCGUCAGACCUUGGCGUCGCGAUCAAGGUAGCUAACCAGAUUGGUUGGGGCUUCGUAGGUCGGGGUGGUCAAAGUACUCAGAAGAAGGUGGACUGGAAAUCGUAACGAGGGGCGGAUAAGAAUGUCGCGUAUACCCGCAUUUUGAUAUAUCUUUGCUAUUCGCGUGUUCUCGUUUUUGUGUUAGAUGCGAUAUGAUAAAAUCUGUCCCACACUUCCGAAGUUCAGCAAGUUCGGGUGGUUAAAAUCGGGAGCUGAUAAGAGAUGACUACGCCAUGAGUGUACCUUGGAAC